AUGGUCAAACAUCAACAACGUUCCUUGAUGCGUCGUGGUCGGCAAAGAAAAGAACACGAAAAGCAACGGAAAGGAGCGUCCUCUAGGAAGGCUCAACAAUUGGAAAAUAUCGGAAUGAUGGCAGCCAAGGGUGUGGAUGAAUCUGCUCGUGUUUAUGAGAUGCAAUUUGAGCAAGGUCAUAACAAACCUGUGAAAGGAAAGGAGGAAAAACAUGUAUCGUCAAAAAACAAGGCCGUCAUUGCUUUUAUGAAUCAACAAAAGAAUGCACAAAAAUCAUCAGCAAUGAAUGGUGAUGAUGCAAAACAUACUUCUACACAACAACAUAGGCGCAGAUUGAAUAUUGACACGGAUGCAACUACAAAGCAACAACGAUCAUCGGAACAACCACAACAACACUCAUCAAGUAGUAUGAAUGAUAGCGUUAAUAGUAGUAGCAAUAUGAAGAGUUCACCUUCAUCAACAGAAGAAGGAGCCUCACGAGAGAAUGUAGGUUCUGUUCAUUUGAGUCGACCAACAAGAGGAGCUCUUGUCACAGCAAUUAAAACCGGAAAUUUAGACCUUGUGCCAGACACAUUGAAAGGUCUAUCCAAGGAUCAUGAAUUUACAAAAGCAAAACUGAAAAAGAAAGUCUAUUGGAAAAUGAAGAAGGAAAAAGAAAUGCUCAAGAAAUUAAAAAAAAAUCUCAAUAAGGAACUUGCAUUAGAAAAAAGCAAAGUAAAGAAACACAAGAUGAAGAAUGCCAAAUUCGAAGAUUUGGAUGAAUUCCUCGAUGAAAAAGAAUAUCUCAAGAAUGAACGAAAGAAGAGAGAAGCUCUCAUGACGCUAGAAAAGGACGAAGUGGCCGAUGAAGUCACCUAUGAUUCUGAUGACAUGCUCGAGCAAAAGAGAGAUGAAGUUGCAUUUGGUGAAGUCGCACAAGAGCCUCCUCGACUCUCAAAAUUAAGAAGCAAUUUGGAAAAGAAAAUUGAAAAGAAAAAGCAAGAGGAUGUUGAAAUGGAAAAGAUGCGAGAGGCAGAACGAAAACGAGUCAUGGAAAAUUACAAUAGAAACAGACUGUUACGACAGCAACAAAAAGAGGCUGGCACUGCUCCUACAGAACAGUCUCUCAUGCUUGACAAGUUAAAGAGUUUGGCAGCUCUCAGGAGUAUGAAGUUAGAGUAG